AUGUCCGCCCACGGUCCAGCAUCCUUCCGUGCCCUCCUGCCCACCUUCCAGAUCUACUCGGCAAACACUGGCGUAGGGAAGACCCUCCUCUCUGCUGCAAUAUGUCGUGCUGCUGUGAAGGCUCCUAGAGCGGACUUUGAGGCAACGUUGUGUGGAAACCGCAAACGCGAGGUGUUCUAUAUCAAACCCGUGCAGACGGGAUACCCGGAGGAUUCGGAUGCCAGACAUGUAAAGCAGUUCUGCCCUGAUGUGCAUGCGACCACUCUGUUCACGUACAGGGAGCCGGCGGGGCCGCAUCUCUGCGCCGAACGUGAAAACCGCCCAAUUUCAGACCUGCAACUCCUGGACGCGACAACCGCCGCCCUCAACACCGCCUACACCCACGCACACACCCUCCGCUCCCCCUCCCUCGCCCUCCUCGAAACCGCCGGCGGCGUUACAUCCCCCGUCAUGUCCGGCACCCCCCAAGCCAGCGCCUUCCGCCCCCUCCGCCUCCCCUCCCUCCUCAUCGGCGACGCCCAGCUCGGCGGCAUCUCAACCACCCUCUCCUCCUACGAGUCCCUCCUCCUCCGCGGUUACGACAUCGCCGCCGUGCUCCUCUUCGAUAACCCCAGAUAUAACAACCACCUCGCCAUCCAACGCCAGAUCGAUGCCGGCGUUCCCUUGCAUGUCUUCCCGCCCCCGCCGCCGAUGCCCGUGCCGAAGGACGGCAAGGCGCUCUCGAACGAGGAACGGUUGCGGGACUUUACGGAUCUGAUGGUGUGGUAUGAAGGACUUGGCGUGGCGGAUGAGGUUGUCCGUGGGUUACUGGCGCACCAUUCGCAGAGGUUGGACCGGUUGGAGCAUUUGGCGAAACGAGGGGAGGAAAAGGUGUGGUGGCCGUUUACGCAGCAUAGGAUGGUUAAGGAGACGACGGUGAUCGAUUCGGCGUAUGGGGAUAGUUUUGCGUUGUACAACCCGUUGAAGACGCUUUCCGACAACGAUGGGGUUGCUACACCCUCACCCGACGCCCCACCUCCCAACACUCCUCAAAGCGGCGCGCUCGAAACACCCUCCCAAGCCCCCACCGCCGGCUCAAUCACACCCGCCUACGACGCCUGCGCCUCUUGGUGGACCCAAUCCCUCGGCCACGCCCCGCACAGCCUAACCCUCACCGCGGCACACACAUCCGCCCGCUACGGCCACGUCAUCUUCCCCGAAUGCAUCCACGAGCCCGCCUACGCCCUCGCGUCCACCCUCCUCCGCACGGUCGGGAAGGGGUGGGGCGAGAGGGUGUUCUAUACGGAUAAUGGGUCCACGGGCGUGGAGGUGGCAUUGAAGGCCGCGCAGAAGGUUGUUGAGAAGCGGUUAGAGAAGGUCGGGAAGGGAGACGUGGGUAGGGAGGCAGGACGGAGGAGGGAGAUGAAGGUGGUGGGUAUGGAGGGCGGGUAUCACGGCGACACGAUUGGGGCUAUGGAUGCGGCGAAUCCGAAUACAUAUAAUGAGGAGAUCAACUGGUACAAACCCCGCGGCCUCUGGUUCACCCCCCCAACCAUCACCCUCAAAAACGGGCGCUACACCAUCCGUCUCCCGCCCUCCCUCUCGGGCACCUCCAACACCUCCGAAACCUUCCCAACCCUCACCUCCCUCUUCGCCCCCACCCGCUCCCCCGCCCUCGCCACCCUCUACGAACACCACAUAACCGCCGCUCUCACCCCCUAUCUCUCAGCCGGUAACAUCAUCGGCUCCGUCCUCCUCGAGCCCCUCCUCCUUGGCGCGGGGGGCAUGCAGUUCAUCGACCCCCUCUUCCAACGCACCCUGCUCUCUACGGUCUCAGCCCUCACGCUCAAACACUACGGCAUCCCCACCCCAACCAUCUUUGACGAGGUCUUUGUCGGGUUCCACCGGCUCGGUCUCGGCAUCGCGUCCCCCGGGGCCCAACUCCUCGGCCAGGUGCCCGAUAUCGCGGUGUACGCCAAGAAUAUGAGUGGGGGGAUCGUCCCUGUUUCCGCGACGGUUGUGACGGGGGAGGUUUAUGAGAGUUUUUUGGGGGAGAGUAAGAAGGAGGCGAUGUUGCAUGGGCAUAGUUAUACGGCGGCGGCGGUGGGGUGCGCGGUUGCGGAGAAGGCUUUGGGGGAGUAUGAGGGGUUCAUAGAAGGGGUGGUGAAGGGCGACGGUGGGGAGUAUGGACAGGGCGAGGAGGGGAGACAUGUGUUGCCCGAGACGGUGGGGGGUGGUGUGUGGGAUGAGGAGUUCAUAACAACCCUCUCCCACCAUCCGCGCCUCGACGGCGUCCUCUCCCUCGGCUCCGUCCUCAUCCUCGAGCUCUCGACCGCCCAAAAAGGUUACAAUUCCACCACCUCGUCCACCUUCAUCUCCGCAUUGCGGUCCAAGGGCGUGUUUGCGCGGCCGUUGGGGAAUGUGGUGUAUAUCAUGGCGCCGCAUGUUGCUGUUGUUGAUGCGAGUGUGAGGAGGGGGGUUAGGAGGGUUGAGGCGGUUUUGAGGGAGGUGUUGGGGGUGUAGAGGUGGAUGAAGAUCGUGAUUGGUUGAUGAUUCUUGUCUCUAUAUGGACGCACAGGAAGCACAGGAAGCACAGGAGGCAGGUGUUUGUUUCGCGGCGUAAUGCAAGUUCGUUUCAGAAGUGCGAUUCGCGUUGGCUUGUUCCCACCGCAUGGAGAGAUUGUGUGCGAUGAUGCGAGUUCGAAGACGGGAUUCCAAAAAAGAAAAAGCGAGAUGCCAAAACACAUUGCCGAACGAUGAGUUCCCCAAAAGGUGAACAUUGUGUGAAAUGGUGUGCCAAAAAAACGUGCAUCGGGUCGAGACCGCCAUGGAACCGCAUCCAGGGGGUUCUUGGCAUCUGACUUCCAAAGAAGGGGCCCCAACGCAUCUGCAAACUGAGGGGCUUCGUUCCCGUUUCAUUCUGGCGUCGCCCAUGCGAUC